AUGGCGGAUGAAGAUAUAUUUGGACCUAGCCCACUGAACACGAAUGGCUUGUGUCUGUUAUCUUUGGAUGGGGGUGGUGUCAGAGGAUUCUCGAGUCUCCUCAUAUUGAGAGAUCUUAUGGAUCAAUUGAACUCUGCACGUGGAACCCAUCCGCCUGUUAAACCCUGUGAUGUUUUCGAUUUGAUUGGAGGAACAAGUACUGGAGGACUGAUUGCUAUCAUGCUGGGAAGAUUAGAAUUGGACGUGGACCAGUGUCUAAUGGCAUACACGGAGUUGAUGGAAUCAAUCUUCAGCCAGAAGAUCAGCAACGUGCCAGUAGACUGGUCCGGAAAUAUCAUAUCCCAAUAUGACAGCAAGAAGUUGAAAACAGCAAUUGAGACCGUCAUAACACGCGCUGGAUUCUCCCCAACAGACUUGAUGAAUGAUGGAAAACCUCGCUCGACAAAAGUGUUUGUUUGCACAACCUCAAAAGACACCUCACAGACUAUGCGCUUGCGCAGCUACUCCGUACCAAAUGAGGAUACAAUCUCGGCGACGAUUUGUGAGGCAGCCUUGGCCACAUCUGCUGCGACGAAGUUUUUUGAUCCUGUAUCAAUCGGGAAACAGCAAUUUGUCGAUGGUGCAUUUGGUGCAAAUAACCCCAUUGAGGAAGUUGAAGAAGAAGCGGCCGACAUAUGGUGCACGAAGAGCCGAGAUCUGAAGCCUUUGGUCAAAUGUUUUGUUUCAGUCGGGACUGGCAGCCCAGACCGGGUACCAAUCAGCGAUAAUAUCGUCAAGUUCCUUUCAAAGACAUUGGUCAAAAUGGCCACUAAAUCAGAAGGCAUCAACCGUCGGUUUAUGGCUCGUUGGAGCCAUGAAGUCGAAACUAAACAUUGCUUUCGAUUCAAUGUGGACCAAGGGUUGCAAAACGUGCACAUGGCAGAGUUCGACAAGCAAAGUGUUAUUGAAUUUGCGACUUGCGAUUACCUUCACCAAGCUGUUCAGAAAUCUCAGAUGCGGGAUUGUAAAAAAGCAGAUGAGGAUUUGGAGUUUAUUAUACGUGUGAGUCAUCGUUGCCCCAGGUUCGCGGUCAGUAUCAAGCUAACAAUAGGUCAGGAGCAUCAUGCUCAGCUUGCGCAUUUCCGGGUCAUGCAGAACAUGCGAUAUACAGAUCAAGUUCUCGUCAAUGAGCCUUCAGCUUGUUGGACGGUCCCCUUCGACAGAAACCCAAGAUAUGUUGAUUGUGGAGUCGUGGGAGCAGUAAAAAGAAGAUUGUAUGGUGGGAAAUCCCCAACAAGAGUUGCCUUCUUCGGUCUUGGUGGCGCAGGGAAAACCCAGGUCGCUUUAGAAUUGGCAUAUCAAGCAAGAGAGCUAUAUUCUGACUGCGACAUCUUCUGGAUUCCUGCGAUUGACAUGGAAAGUUUGCAACAGGCAUACCAAGCCUUGGCAGACCAACUCGGAAUUGAAACCACAGACAGCAGCGAGGACGUCAGGAUUCUGGUGAAGAGGCACCUUAGCAAGCCCGGUAUGAGGCGAUGGCUAAUGAUAGUCGAUAAUGCCGAUGAGCUGGACAUGUGGAUCGGCUCUGAGAGUUCCAGGAACGGAGGACUUGAGGAUUGCCUUCCCACCAGUGACCGCGGUGCUAUCGUCUUCACAACCCGCAGUACCAAAGUGGCCCAGCAUAUUGCUUCUACCGACACCGUCAAGAUAUCUGAGAUGGAUGAACAAAAAGCCAGAGAGGUGUUACGAAACAACCUGGUUGACAAGAAGCUUCUACGUGACACCGAAAGUACUCGAAAGCUCCUCAGUCAGCUGGCUUUCCUACCCUUGGCCAUCGUCCAGGCGGCGUCAUUCAUCAACCAGAAUGAGAUGGAGCUGAGGUCUUACUUGAAUCUUCUGGAUGGACAAGAGCAGAGUGAAAUCGACCUCUUGAGCGAGGACUUUGAAGACAAGGGUCGAUAUAAUAGUAUCCGCAAUCCGGUCGCCAUCACUUGGCUUUCCUCCUUUGAGCAAAUCCAGCGCCAGAAUCAAGACGCGGCUAACUAUCUAUACUUCAUGGCUUGCAUACAGGAGAAAGAUAUUCCUGUCCCCCUUUUACCUCCCAUUGGGGUUGUGGAGCAGCAGAAAGCGAUUGGUGUUCUCAGCUCCUAUUCUUUUGUGCGCACGCGGAAUGAAAGCACUCGCCUGGAUAUGCACCGCUUGGUGCAUCUUGCAACAAGGAACUGGCUGCGCUCGAGAGGUUCUUUCCAAGAAUGGCAAUCAUAUGCUCUCCAUCAUGUGGAACGAUUGUUCCCUGAGAUUGACCACACACAUCGAGCUUUAUGGAGAGCGGCUGUUCCUCACGCCCUUCGAAUCGUCAAUCUGACAAAGGAUAGGAAACCCUCUGGUACCAGGUUUGAGCUUCUUUGUAAAGUGGGAUCCUGUCAUAUUUACGAUGGGAGACCCAAAGAGGCAAGAAGGCUUUACAGAGAAGCUCUUGAACUUGUCAGCGCGGACCUUGGACCUGAUAGCGACCGGGCCCUCCACGCGCUUGGCAUGUUGGCCGUCACUUACGACCACGGCGGGAGCCCCCAGAAGGCGAUAAAGAUAUGGGAGCAGGUUCUCGAAAAGCGCAUCAGGAUCAAUGGCUCUGACAGCUAUGAAGCAAACAGCGUCCUCUUACAGUUGGCAUCAGCGCACCGAACAGCCGUCGACGGACCAAAGGCCAAAGAGUGUUACAAUAUAGCCAUUCCAUACUUUGUCAGAAACUUCAGCCCCGGUUCACCCCAAGUAAUGGAUGUCCUUGAACGCUUGGCCACGUUUUAUGCCUCGGAAGGCUGUAUCUCAGACGGGGAGGAGUUGUCUUUGCAGCUAUUGGAGAUCUCAAGAAAUGUUCGUGGCUCCGAUGACCCUGCCACGGCUACAUUGAUGCUUUCACUGGGUAUGGUAUACAUGGAUCAAUGGCGGCUAGACGAAGCCGACAAAUUGAUCACCGAAGGACUCGAGGUCACCAAGCGCACCCUGGGACUCGAACAUCUUCAGACAAUCAGAAUGAUGGGCUGGCUAGCCUGCCUUCGGGAAUAUCAAGGGAGACACGAAGAAGCCCUUGUUCUGGGGAGGGAGUGUCUGCGCUUUCAUCGAGAAAACUUUGGCGCCGACCAUGAGUCCGUUCGUGUUCACACUUCACAUUUGGAUAACUGCACCACACCCACGUAA